GAUUAAUUGACAGCCCUAGUUAAAAUCUUUUUUAGCCAAUAAACUUGUUUUAUGUUUUCACCCAAGUCCAGUAUGCCUUUAACUGAAGUGUCUGCGGGAAAAAUCUCAGGUUGGCUACCACAAGUGUGCAUUGUCCUCCACUCAUUGAAGGAGGGGAGAACCGGGUAACAAAUAAAUAUUAGUUGGAGUUUGGACCAGGUCAGGACGGUACAGACCUGGGGUCUUGCACUAGGGAGAUGGUGGUUAUUUUGGCUCUAGACUCUCUGUUGUUGGUUCAUGCAGUGGCUGGUCAGAGAGCCUUCAUGUAACAGCGGCUGGGAGUGUCCAUUCCUGUGUGAAUGAUGGUGGAGGUGUAGGACCCGGAGCUGGUCUGCAGCAUGUCACAGCACCACAUUGAGAGAGGAAGCCCAGGCUGGUGAGUCAUAGCACUCAGUGGAACCUCAAUUUCAGGUAUCACUGUGGGGGGAACCCAUCACGGUUUGCUCCUCAGCUGCUUAAAUUGACCAAAACACUCUGACCCCCUGUCCGUACUCUCCUUCCCCAUCCCAGGCUGUCCCGGUUCCAACAGAACACUGGGCACCAGUGUCUUCUCCAAGCUCCCCAGUCAUCCCUGAUUCCUGCAUCCUCUGAGAUGACAACUCUUCCUCUGCAGGGGGCACCUUGAGAAUUCCUGAGUCUGAUGGACGCAUCAACCACCUCAUGGCAGCUUUGAACCUCACCCCCUCUGGCCCUUCAACAUUUAUUCUAAUGGGUAUUCCUGACCUGGAAGCUGCCCAUGUCUGGAUUUCCAUCCCUUUUGCUACAUUCUACAUUAUUGGCCUGUUGGGAAAUUCCAUGAUUCUGUUUGUUGUAGGGAAUGAGAAGACCCUGCACAAGCCAAUGUACCUGCUGCUAUGUAUGCUGGCACUCACAGACAUUAGCAUGUCUACCUGUGUCAUGCCGAAGACACUGUUGAUAUUUUGGUUCAAUAUGAAAGAUAUUAUAGUGGCUGGCUGCCUCACCCAAAUGUUCUUUUUUCAAGCGAUUUCUAUUAUGCACUCAGGUAUCCUUGUCACAAUGGCCUUCGAUCGCUAUGUUGCCAUAUGUAACCCUCUGAGAUACGCCACCAUCCUCACCAAUGCACGAAUAGCUAAGCUAGGGCUUGUGGGUUUGAUAAGAGCUGUUCUUUUCAUGCUUCCCCCGCCCCUGCUCCUGAGCAGGCAGCCAUUCUGUGCCAACCGCAUUAUCCCGCACACAUACUGUGACCACAUGGCUGUGGCAAAGAUGUCGUGUGGGGACAUCACUGUAAACAGGAUGUACGGCUUGGUGUUGGCAUUUGUAGUCAUUGGGUCAGACCUGACGUUCAUUGCCCUGUCCUAUGGUCUGAUCAUCAGGGCCCUCCUCAGAAUCUCCUCCAAGAAAGCCCACCAGAAAGCCUUCAGCACCUGCACAGCCCACAUCUUUGUGAUACUGAUGUCUUAUCCUCCCGGCCUCUUCUCCAUUCUGACACACCGGUUCAGUCAGGGCAUCGCUCCCCACAUUCACAUCAUCAUGGCCAACCUCUAUUUCGUCACUCCCCCCAUGCUCAACCCAAUCGUGUAUGGGGUUUAUACCAAAGAACUGCGUGACAAAGUGGGUAAAUACAUUUGCAGAAUGUGAUUGCCUGGUGCCACUGAUUUCAAACCUGUGUGACAAGAGGGGGAAAGGAGAUCUACUCAUUUAUCAAGGGUGCUCUGUCACAGUUUGGCUGAGCUCAGCAUUGUGGAAGUUCACACCUAAACUCUUAUCACUCCAUCUCCAAGCACUGUUCUCUCCAUUGCUGAGUUCCCCCCGUCACCAUCACCUUUCAUUGUCACCCAUCAGCCACCAACCCCACAAACCCUGUCACUUAGCUUUUCCAUAACUCCUAGACUACUAGAAUAUACUGCAGCUUUCUGAUGUAAGGUGGCUUUCCAUUAGUCCCUGUGUUAGCCGAACUAAAGCUACGCUUUCUGAAAGCCAAAGACAAAGAAAGCAACUACAAUGCUGAACUUAUUUAUCAUAUGUACAGUGAUCCGGUGAAUAAAAUUUCCCUGAUUUUUCUACAUCCAAUCUUUCAGGAAGCCUGGAGUAUAAACCAAAUGUUUCCAUUGGAAAGUGCUAAUACAGGAAAGCUGCUGCAGGAAUUGAGGCCAUUCUACAAAAGCUUAUUGGUGAGAGUUGUAUAACUGUGUGUUUUUGAGAACUGGACUGUGUUACCCUGGUAUUGAGGGCUGUGUACCCCAGAAUGUGAUCAAGCUAAUUGCAAACAUAUGAAGUGCACUCAGCCACUAUGAACUCAUAAAAGAGAACAGAAUCAUAGAAUCAUAGACUGUUAGGGUUGGAAGAGGAGGUCAUAUAGUCCAACCCCCCCAGUCCAAUAUCACAUUGUUUAGGGUUAAUUAGAAAGCAGGCUUUUAGAUGCAAAGUCAAAAUCUUGCUGGCAGUUUCUGCUAACCAGAAUGGGAGGAGCGGACAGACAAGUAAAUAACGGAGAAUGAAAGAAGAUAAGUGGAUGAAAACCUGGAGUCUAGAUGCCUGUGAUAGUAGAAAUGUAUUCAAAGUUAGAAGAAGUGAUGAUCCAGCGGGGUUCAUUAUUACCUAUGUGUUUUGGAGAAGUUAUAAAAGAUUACCUAAGACAGUGUACUUUGGAGCAGUUCUCUGAAGCCAUCUUGUGAAAAGUUUUUCCUGACACCCUGCUUAUGUCUGUGUGUGCUUCAAUCGAAUAAACUGCAGUGUUAGACAAAAGCAUGCUGACUUGCAUCUAAUCCUUGAUCAGACAGAAUUUCUGUGUUCCCAUUUAUUUCUUCCUGAUACCGCCUGGAGUGAAAUAGUUAGGUUACCCCUCCUAGGGGUUCUGAAAAAACCCGGGUAACAGACUGCUGUGUUAAACUACGACAUUGAGUUGGAAACAAAUAACUUACCACUUUUCACAGAUGAUUUUGGAGUUGCCUUCAGCUGGAACGUUCAAAAUACACAUUAACCGUUCCAGUUGUCCAAGAUGUCAAAAGUAGGUGUGGAGAUUUAAUCUUAGAUUUUGUGAAACAGAUGAAACAGAGAUUGCCACCAAAUGUCCGAAUCCCUCAACAAUCUAGACUGGCUGACAUCUCAUCUUUUCCAUUGUUUUGUGAAGACCUUGGAGAAUUGGAGCAGCAGUAGAGAGGUUUGUCUUUGGUUCACCGGCCUCGUGCUCAGAACAACCCAGCAGAGCAGUUUUGGAUUGAAUGUCUUGAACACAUGGAUGCCACUGGGGACAAAGAUUUUAGUGAACUCGGCUUGUUUGCUCUUUCACUGCUGUUGCUACCUACACUGCAUUUGAAAGACUGUUUGUUUUUUUUUCAGAUAAACUUGAUAAAAACAAAACUGUGCAAUAAGAUGCAAGAGGAACUGUGAGAAAACAUUCUUCAUGUUAGGGCCUAUAUACGAUACCAAAUCUUUUGUGAAGAGUUUGCAUCAAUGAGAGAAAUGAUUGCACUGGUCAGUGCUGAUAUGUAUGACCAGUAGCAGAGGCAUUCUACUUCCAAGGAAGACAGCGAGGAUGAAAUGUUGCCUUUUAGAGACUAAAAGUAACAAACUUAUACAACUCAAAAUGUGAACAUUGUCUACCAUCAUU